AUGUACACCCAGGCCUUUCUCACGCUGGCCUUGACGGCCCUGGCUGCUGCCACCCCCAUCGAAAAGCGUGCGACUGGAUCGACCGCCAACGAAUUUACCCAGGGCGGCUGCAAAGAUGUCAUGUUCGCGUUCGCUCGUGGUUCUACCGAGAUCGGCAACAUGGGUACCAUUUGCGGUCCGCAGACCUCAGAUGGCAUCAAAGCCGCAUUUGGAGCUGGCAAUGUAGCAACAGAGGGAAUCGAAUACGCCGCCGCCCUGGCACCAAACGCCCUCCCCGGCGGCACCGACGCAAAGUCUAAGCAAGCCAUGGCCACCAUCCUCAAUAAGAUGGCCACCCAGUGCCCCGACAGCGUCAUCCUCGCUGGCGGCUACUCCCAGGGCGCCGCCGUGUCCCACCGCGCCAUUGAAUCUCUCGACCCCGCCGUGCAGAACCAGAUCGCCGGCGUCAUCCUCUACGGCGACACGCAGAAGACGCAGGAUAAGGGACAGAUUCCUGGGUUUGACACUGCGAAGACGAAGAUCAUCUGCGCGCCGGGCGAUCUAGUGUGUACGGGGAGCUUGGUGAUUUUGGCGCCGCACUUGUCGUAUGGUGCGAAUGCGGAUGAGGGAGCAGCGUUCUUGGUGCAGAAGGCGCAGGCGGCGAUGGCGGCGAAGAAGGCAAAGAGGGCGGAGGUGGCUGCGAAGCGGGAAGUGGGUGGGUUGGCUAAGAAGAUGGCGAAAGUUGCGGUGGGGAUGACGGCUUAG